AUGAGAUCCCCUUCUUACCGUCAAAAUUGCCGUUGUGCUUCUUCCACUAUUUCUCCUCCUCUCUCCUCUGCUACUUCUACUUCUGCUCGCGCUCGUGCUUGUGCAUGUUCUGAGGGAGAGUCUGGUUGUGAUUGGGAAUUCGAGUCUAUAGCAUCAACUACUCCUACUAUAUCUACUCCUUCCCAUACUUCUGCAUCCGUUGCCACCCCUGCGAGCCCGCCUUUGGUACUAGAAUCGAGCCGCGGCACAUUGGCUUCAGGAAUCUACACCCCUUCCUCGCACCCCUCUACUUCCCUUUCUCAUAAGAAAUCGAUCAUAGGUGCCAACGCUGGAGGUUUUACCCCCGCUCCUGUUGAAAAGAAAUUUCGCACCCUUCGGCGCCGUAAAAGUCGUGAUCUGCACCAGGCCAGGAGGGCUUAUUUGUCAAUGUCAAUGACGACUGCCACAAAGUUGGGAGACACUGCCCAGCAGCUGCACCCGCAUCACACCACCGCGAGUACAACCAACUCUUCGUCCACUCAUUCGCCUGCACCCCCCUCCACUGUCACUUCCUGUUCGACAGCAGCCACCACUCCCAAUGAUAGCAGCUUGAGUUUCGAUGAGAUUCUUGCUUACUCUUCGCCACAACCCAUAAGCAACAUCCCCAGAUACGCUCCUUCAGAUAUAUCGCCGAGACCCUUGAGCUCCCGCUCGGAAUACUCGAUCAAGACCCCUUUUAGUCUAUCAGCCGAAAACCUGUCGUCGCCCUACAGCAACGACCCAGUGACACUUGCCCGCCCACACAGCAUGUCCUCCUUAUCGACACCUUCGACCGUAAAUGAGCAGCAAGCCCUCCACUACUCGAUCCGCCGGUCAAGCGCUCCAACAGAUACCACUAUGUUCUAUGAGCCACCGGCGACUCGCGGCCUGUCGAUCGACUAUAACCCCUGGAUGCCUAACAAUCUCACCCAACACUCCUUCGAACUACCCAUGUCUUCGGGCACGUCUGCGAUCAAGACCGAGCCGCCUGAGUCUUGGUGGAGUGAAGCUCCCAAGGUCGAUAUCCGGAGAUUGAACAUGAUUCAGUCCCAAUCUAAUGAGGAAGCAUCUGCCUCAACGGUUGCGAGAUACAACGAUGACGGUUCUCGCCAUUCUCCUUACGGGAGCUUACUUUAUAUCCACCAGCCCCCCUCGCCUGCAUUCGACGAUGAGGACAGUGGCAUCUAUCCUCAAAGUACGGCGUCCCCAAUCCCUUCCCCUCCCGAAUCUCCAGACUUCUAUUUCCCCUCUGCAGUACCUACACCAGAAAUUGGUUAUCCGCCUACCCCGUCCAUCGGCCGAAGUGGCUCACCACCAGUUACAGCGGCGGCAGCAGCGGCGGCAGCUCUGGUAGCGUCGAAACCCCCGAAACUAAAGUCGUCGCGGCCUGGCUCAUGCUCACGAAGGAAAGCGAGCGCAGGGUCAAUGCGUUCGCAGGCAAAAUCGGGUGCCUCACCGGCCCUGUGUAUACCGGGAGAGACAGAAAUGGCAUUUGUCAACUACACACCUCAAGACAAAACACGAAUUCUUAAUGGCGUAGCGCCAAGUGGGUCAUCCAAAACCAAGGCCAGGAGAGAACGGGAGGCUACGGAGAAGAGAAGAAGGCUCGCCGCUGCUGCUGCGGCAGCUGUUGAAGCAGCUGGGGGUGACGCCUCGGUGCUGGCCAACGUUGUUUGAUGGGCGCUACAUGAAUCCCUAUAUGCAUCUCCCUUUGUCGGGGCAUUUUUCCUUGAAUGUUUUAUUUCUCCAUUCCCUACUUUAUCCUUUCCCGUGGGCGAGUUUAGUAUUUGGUGUUGUUUGCUUCUUUCAUUUCUUCCCACUUCUAGCAGCAGAGGUCACGGCGGGGUAGUGAUCCACUGCGGGAAAGGCGUUAGAUUUGCUGUUCUUUCUUUCUUUCUCUCAUGGAUUCCUUUACAAGGGUUUUGAUUUUCUACACAAAAGCGAAUACUUGACCGGGAAACGGGUAUGUGGAAGUGGAGACAAUGGGCCGCAUGGGUGUUGUGAGGGACAGUUUUCUUUUGGGUUAAUAAUAUCUGGUUCUACCCUCCGAUGUCUUAGUACUAUUUUGUCUGCCGACCGGGAGAUAUACUCUCCUUCCUUUUUUCAUCUCAUCCUUUGGGCAAUUUUCAUUAUUAUAUCCUUCUUUUGAUAGUA